AUGGCCUUUGUCCAGCCCGGCUGCCCGGCUAGGUUCGCCUACCAGAAUGAGCAUCGUGUCAAAGGGCUCAACGCAGAAACCCUAGCGAGGGUCUUCCUUCCCACGCCCUCAUGGCUGUCGGCUCCGGAGUAUGCAGCAAUCCGGUCAGAUACUGGCAAUCCAUCGACCUGCAUCUUCUUCAGCCUUAACAUUUCCAUAUACAACCAACAGAUAAUCUCCUCGGAAUGGACCGAGCAAUGGUUCUUCAUGGUCGGCCGUGUUCAUCCCUUUGCCCUGACGUGGGAAAUCGAGCGACGUGAUGGCUUGGAGUCGGACGAUGAUAACAUCACAGAAUACACCGUCCCCGCGCUUAUAGUACGCGAUCACAGCUACCAACCAAUUGUCACUCGCACCCUCAGCUCGGUGGAUACUUUCCCAACGAUACAACCCAUUGUCUCCUUCACGGGACCUGUCAUCGGCUCCGGCCGCGACCUCCUGCAUGGAAACUCGGCUGCGGCCCUUGACGACACCCAGCUGAGCUGCUGCGGCUUUAAGAUGACCGAGAGGCGCGACAGCCAGUUCCAGUCGAACGCUCUCUUCACCUGUACGGGCAAAAUCGCCGGCUUACUGGAUCACCAGAUCAUGAAACAUGCCCCGGCUUUCGACCAAGACUAUAUCUUCAUCGUCGUCCCCGACACGUGGACUUUCCACGACAAGGCCAUGUCCGACCAGGCUUCUGCAACACAACUACUGCCGACGACACCCAAGAGCGCGGUCGGCAAUCCCUCGGACUAUAGCGUUGCGUUGGCCAGGUUUACCUCUACGAAGAAACGCAAGGCCGCCCAAAGCCCCGCCUCCCCCACGCCGCAUGCUUCUGGCCCAGUCGAUCCCCUUAUGCUGGCAUCAAGUCGGUCAUUGCCCGAUCCCUACCAAACCCCAACCAAGAGACGGCGACUUUCUCCCGAAACUUCCACCAUAAUCACCGACUGUGACGGUCAAGACUCCCCCAAAUCCGAUACCUCCUCCUUUCUGUCCCCGGAAGACCCCGCAGAGUCAGAGACGGACACCGAACAGGUCAAUCACCAAGACACAUCCGUCUCUGGCUCUAUCAGACCUCCCGCGUCGAUAUCUUCCCGACCACUGCGCGCCCGACGUCCGCCCAAGAAUAUUCUCUAA